UGGCAUGACCAAAGAUAUGAGGCUCUAGCUGCAGAGAGAAUGUAUGAAAGUCCUGAGAUUUAAGCAGUGAAUCUAACAGGAACCAAUUUCAACUAAACCAAAGUCUGGUCAAACCAAAGUAGCAGAAACCAAACUCAAGGGUCCUAACACUUCUGUUCUUCAGAGUCCAGCUACACAUUUGAUAAUGAAGCUGGAGAGCACACCAUCAGACCUGAGCACUUGGAGAGAGGUGGACUUUGCUGUCAACUGUACUUACAUUGUUCCAGACCAAGUGUCAGACCCAAUCUUCAGCCUGCCCAAAGCUAUGACCUCCAUCCCACGGAACCUCACAUUUGACUACAACAUGGACAACGAGGUUAUGGGUGUUUUCAGCAAAGAGUACAUUCCUCAGGGGACUCGCUUUGGGCCCCUACAAGGAGACAUCUACACCAAAGACAGCGUCCCCAAGGAGUCCAACAGGAAGUACUUCUGGAGGAUUUACAGUGGUGGGCAUCUUGAAAACUUCAUCGAUGGCUUUGAUGUCUUCAAGAGCAACUGGAUGCGUUAUGUAAACCCAGCUCAUUCCCUGGCAGAACAGAACCUGGUGGCCUGCCAGAACGGCAGAGACAUCUACUUCUACACCAUCCGGCCCGUGGAGACCAAACAGGAGUUGCUGGUGUGGUACAGCCAGGAGUUUGCCCAGAGACUCUGUGGCCAGCAGGAAAAGCAUCGACACAAACCCAGUGACAAAGAGCUAACCAACCAGAGUCUACCUCACCAGACAAGGCUCAGAGACAGACCAAAGGAAGAACACAGGAAGGAAGUCAGAGAGGAGAAGACAGAUGUGGAGAUGUUGGAGAGAGACACACCUCCUGACACUCCUGAUGAGCAGAUAGUGGACUUCAGUAGAAAGAUGGAGAAGCAGCCUAAGAGGAGAGAGCACGGCCUGGGCUACAAUCACCCCUACAUACCAAAUCACAACUCCUCUCUCUUAACUCCACACAGAAACCUACCCCUUCACCUCCAUGGCCUCUACGGCCACAAGGAGGGGCUUGUCUCCUCCUAUCCCCUCUACUCUCAAUCCAGACCUCUUCAGCCCCCUUAUCAGUUCCUUCCUUCAUACGGUCCUCACUAUCCUCGCCUCCUCCUGCCCUCUUACUCUCCUCCUUUCCCUGGAAUGUUUUCCACAAGAGGAACCCCACAAUACAGCAGUUACCUGGAGACAGAUGUAUGCCCAUUCCCCCCAGUCAGCCCACCCAAACUACUCCCAGUGUCCCUCCCAUAUGAUCCAUGUCCACAAGGAGGUCUGAAGGAACUAACACCAAAUGUUUCACCACUAAGAGGCACCCAAGCCACCCCAGAACUGUCUCCCCCAGCCAAGCCUGAUAUCUACCAUUGCACGCCCCCCAAACCUUCCCCGUCUGGCCAUGAAGAAGCCAUGAACCUCAGCCUGAGCACAAACAAAACCACCACAGCACCACGUAAUGGCCCUGGGCACAAAUCCCUGCCCUACCCCCUAAAGAAGCAGAAUGGAAAGAUCAAAUAUGAAUGUAACGUCUGUUCCAAGACAUUUGGACAGCUAUCAAACCUCAAGGUCCAUCUGAGAGUGCACAGUGGUGAAAGACCAUUCCACUGUCACCUGUGCAAGAAAAGCUUCACUCAGCUGGCCCACCUUCAGAAACAUCACCUGGUCCACACAGGAGAGAAACCACACAAAUGUCAGGUGUGCCACAAGCGCUUCAGCAGCACCAGUAACCUGAAAACGCACCUUCGGCUGCACUCUGGUGAGAAACCUUAUCAGUGCAAGCUGUGUAACACCAAGUUCACGCAGUACAUCCACCUGAAACUGCACCGCCGCCUCCACAGCAGUCGUGAUCGGCCCUACUGCUGCCAGCUCUGCACCCACACCUUCUUUCACCACUUUUCCCUCCGCAUCCACCAACACAGCUGCUGCCCCACCAACUUCAAUGCUUCCGUCAACGUGCACAUGAAGGAGAUGGUGGAGCGCUUCGAUGCCAGUCAGGAGGCCGACAUGCUUACAGAAACAGCAUCAGCCUCUCAAGUGGGGGAAGCUGCUGAGCGAUGGCUGACCCAUACCCUGGAAGUAGAGGGUAAGGAGGACCAGAAGGAGGCAACGGUACUGCUCAAGACCCUGACAGAGGUGAUGAACACACCAGUAACUCCUGCCACCUGGUCUACAGUGCCAGCACCACACCACAACCCUCCUAUGGCCUUUCAGGACAGGGCCAGUGUUGUGCAUCUCCACAAACAGCCAACAAUGAAAAUAGAAGGACAGUGAAGACACCCACAGGACUGGGGACACCCUCAGAACUGGGGACAACUUCAGGACUGGGGACACCCUCAGGACUGGGGAUGGACUAUAGGACUGAGAAUGGCCUUCAGGACUGUGGACUGAUUCCAGGACUGGGGACAGACUCCAAGACUAAAGAACUAACGUCAAAUGAUC